UUGCUGUACACCGCCAUGAUCGGAGGCCGGGACCCGCACUCGCCACUCCUUCGACUGCCUUCAUGCUGUAUUUUUUUUACCCUUGAAGAAUAUGGCCAACGCCCUGAAUUUGACUUGAAGGUUGUUUAAAUCUGAAGGCUGUCAGAUUGUCGCACUUGUAUUGUACUUGCAUAUGGUACAAAUGUACAGUAUCGUAGUGGCGAAGGGGGAAAGGGAGGACCGAGGUAUCCUUUCAGCAUUCAUUCUAUCAUUGCCCGUGCAGUCUGAAGCAGUUACAGCUAAGGCGUAGAGACCGUUUUCAUGCCUCUGCGCAUAGCCGCCAAUCAGUCCAGAAACGUUCGCAACUAACCCUCCUUUCCUGGAGACCGAUCAACGAUAGACUUUCGCUGCCACAAACUUCGAUCAUAAUUUGUCGGAACAUGUGAACAUUCAACACGCUAUCCCGUCCAUCAUGAUGGAAGAUGGUAUCCAGGUCCAACCAGUUUACGGGAGGAGCGCUACCUAAUUCCAACCGGAAUGGCUUCUAAUGGGGAGGGUAUAUUAUAUGUAUACUGGAUGCCAAGGAUCCCUGCCUUUUGUUUUGUCCCUUUUUUGUCCCCCCUUGGUUCGCAAGCGCAAGUCAGUAUUAGGACCGCCAAUCACUUCUUCUACAUAUGAGUUCCGCAGCUGUCGCAUCGGGCCUUGUUUCCACCAGUGCUCGUCGUACCACACCAUCAUCGCGUUCACAUUCACAUUUGCGCUCAGACGGGCGGACUACAGCUACAGAUCCAGAUGCAAAGAGAAAGCGGGAAAUGAGAACUAGAGGGGCGGAUGUCAAUUGCAAUGGCGACGCCGCUUUCAAAACGGGGAAACAUUCAAGAAGUUCAAAAUCGACUACAGCACUAACACAAACACCGCCUACAAUUCCGAGUCCGACUUCCUUCCGUUUCCAAUCUACCAAGACCGAUACCAGAACCCAGCUUAUUCAUCGCGAGAAAUUCCCCACUGCAUCAAGUACGAAUGCUACGGACACGGACAACGGACAGUUCAGGCGUGACACCGAAACACCCACGUACUCCGGUGACCCCAGGAUCAUACAAAUACAAUCAUCACCGUCUUACCAACAUGUGGCUAAAACGCUAACGCUAACAUCGGCAAAGAAUGAUGAGGCUAUGCCGGGGACCCUGAAUACAGAAACCCGGCGUCGUUCGCCGUCAUUUCCAGUGCCAUCGUUAUAUACAUACGGCGUUCAUGCUCAGGGUUUUACCUCCCCCAUUUCCACUUUGGGGUGUGCUACACCCAUUCCCCCUAAGGAGGACGAGAUGAAUUUCCAUUUCCUUACGAAUACGAAUACGACGACGAGGAACCAUAGUGGUGGGGAGGAGGGAAAGUCACGACGGCAGAAAGAGAAAGAGUCGUCCGUUCGAGGGUGGUCAGGUCUUAGAAAAAGUGCGUCCGACGCGAACUUUACCCCCCAACCGUCGUCGUCGUCGCCGAAACCACCAGUUCGUCCUUCUACUUCUCCCUCCAUCUACCCCCUCGCCUCCACCGCCACCACCACUGCUGUUGGUGCUGUUUCUAAAUCCAAAAUACCGUUCAUCACUAUUAAAUGGUUGACAAAGCGGCGUUACGGUGAUCGCAAGGAAGCAGAGUCGCAGGGUUUAACAAUACCACAUCCACAUCAGCGACUGUUGCCCCACCCCAUCCCCGUCUCUACCUCUGAGACGAAGACAAACACGUGGAAGGUACCCCACCCACCGAGUCCACCUCCCUCCUCGACCUACGAAGAGUUCGAAUUAACCACGGUUGCACGUACCCUACCCCGUCCCCGAUCCCGACGACGUUCGAAAUCAAUCAUCCAGGAGAAUAGUACUACUACUAGACAGACCCGAGUGUCCCUGAUUAUCGAUCAUGUGGAGGACAUGUCAGAUUCGGAAGAAGACCCGAUGGUGCCUGCUACACCACCACCACCCCCUCCUCCACCACCAGCAUUACCUUCGCUACCAAAGGGGAGUGGUGGUGCGAGUGAUAAAGUACAAAGACUCUUCCCUUACGAUUCACGUCACCUUCCCCACUCUGCAUCCAGACAUAUGGGAGUGGGCAAACGACCUCGACCGCGUUUGCAUUUGAAUCUUACCUUUGCACGUCCGAGUUCGCAGGCUCAGUUUCCCCACCGCAACCGGUGUGAUUCGCAUUCGCCGGCUACACCGACGUAUGAUGAGAAAGAUGGGUGGUGUAUAGAUGAUAGGUAUCUAGCUGGGGGAAGUAGUAGUGGUGGAGGGAAUGAGUACCACGAUGGUGGGGGUGACGGUAAGGAGGAGGAGGAGGAUGACGAUGGAGGAGGUAUAACCCCUGUUUCUGAUAUUGUGUUUGGGGAACGGCCGUCUACGCCUACGCCUACCGCUACGUCUAAGCCCCCCCUGAUGAAGAAAGAGGGUGAGGAGGGGUCCGUGUUGAGUUCAGCAGGGGCAUCGUCAUCGGCUAAGACGUUGAAUUCUUCUUCUUCGACUUCUUCUCCUCGUUCUGGUUCUAGUUCUCGGUUUCGUGCGUUGCCGACCCCACCUCCUUCUCGUCCUCCUCCCCCUCUUGCAUCGGGUGUAAGUGAUCCUGGUUGUCCCGGUGCCCCCUUUGCUUUUCCUACACUCCCAACACCACCUCCAACCCAACCCAAAUUUCAAAUUAUCUCUCCAGACGAGGAUCAUAAUCAUAAUCACGAAACCUUAACUCCACCAACUCCACCAACCAAAGUCGACUCCAACAGUGACCGUAGUCUUCUUCACCCACUCCCCUCCUCUCCUCCUCCGACUCCAACGUUGACCACGAGCACGAGCACGAGCACGACCCGCUCAAGCUCCUACGGAGCAAUCUACUCCCGAGCCACUUCCCCUACACCUGGUCUUUGGAAUGUACUCGAUUCGAGAGAGGUGGCUGUGGAGCCUAGGUUGGGACCUUGGGUUGGGUAUUGGAAUCGGGGGUCGUUGCAGGAGGUUAUGGAGGGGUUGAGGGGGUUGUAGUAAAUGGUGGUGCGUGGGUUGGUUGGUCCGCCGCUGUCCUCUCAUCGUCUGUUUACAUUUUUUUUCCCCUUCGUUUGGUACUUUCCUUUCUUUUUUUUUGUCUCUUCUCUUCUUUUUUUUGACAUCAUCGAGGUCGCAUUUUCCCAGAAUCUUAAUUAUCUUUCGCACCGAGUUGUAAAAAAAUCAUUUGUACUUUUUGCAAACAUCGUUUUCAUCUAUGGUUUUCUUGUUAUCUUAUUAUCAUACUUCCUCCAACUCCUAGCUUACUUCCGGGUCCGCUCAUAAUGAUUAAUAAUCCCCCUAAUCACAACGGUCUGUUCCGAAAUGUACAUAUAUGUAUGUAACUCGUACCGUACAUGAGCAACUAAACUAAGUAAAAACGGUACUAUCUUGUUUCACAAGUGUCCAACG